AUGAGGGUUGGAGACGGGUUUCGAGUCGCCCAAUUCGGUUGUCACGGGGUGGUCAAUCUAUUGCUUAAGCGGUUCGAAAGCGGCUCGUCCGUAGUCCGGAGCCGGGAGCGAAAGCCGACGGGCGAGGUUUUGAAUUCCGGAGGAUCGGCCGUAGGGAACGAACUACAUAGGAUUAUUAAGCUUUUGAUCUUAGAAGGCGACCCAAGGCAUGAGUCAAAGAAAAUGCUAUAUGUAUCUAAUGCAAGACCCAUCGAUAAGCUAAGGCUACGACAUGAAGAAAGGCCGGAAGAACUACGGAACCACGCCCGCUAG